CACACACACACACACACACAUUUACACACACACACACACAUUUACACACACACACACAUGCAACAGAGUGUACGUUCAUGCGUGUGUGUGUGUGCUCUUGUGAAGAUGGACCAUCAGAACCGAGCAGCUCUGGACAUUUCCACCAAAAACCCUCAGGAGGACUUCGAGAUCCUGCAGCGUGUCGGAGGAGGGACGUACGGCGAGGUGUACAAGGCCCGGAAUAAACAGACAGGAGAGCUGGCUGCAUUAAAAAUAAUCAAAAUGGAACCAGAGGACGAUUUCUCAGUGAUCCAGCAGGAGAUCGUGAUGGUGAAGAGCUGUAAACACAGAAACAUCGUGGCUUACUACGGCAGCUACAUCAGGCUGAAUAAACUCUGGAUCUGUAUGGAAUACUGUGGUGGAGGAUCCCUACAGGACGUCUAUCAUGUAACAGGUCCUCUGUCAGAGCUACAGAUAGCGUACGUGUGUCGAGAGAUGCUACAGGGUUUGGAUUACCUGCACGGCCAGAAGAAGAUUCACAGAGACAUUAAGGGUGCCAAUAUUCUUCUAAAUGAUCAAGGAGAAGUUAAAUUAGCUGAUUUUGGAAUCUCGGCGCAGAUCACCGCAACGUUUGCACGUCGGAUGUCCUUCAUCGGGACGCCGUACUGGAUGGCACCUGAGGUGGCAGCGGUGGAGAUUAAAGGUGGUUAUAACGAGCUCUGUGAUAUCUGGUCUGUUGGAAUAACGGCGAUUGAACUGGCGGAACUUCAGCCGCCGCUGUUCGACGUUCAUCCGCUCAGGGUUCUGUUCCUCAUGUCCAAAAGUGGAUACCAGCCGCCCAAACUCAAGGACAAGUCCAAAUGGUCGCCUAUGUUUUAUAACUUUGUAAAGUCGAUGCUCAUCAGGAACCCCAAGAAGCGGCCGGGUGCCAAAAAGAUGCUGAUGCACUUUUUUGUGACUCAGCAAAGCCUGAAGCAGGAAUUAACCCAGGAACUGCUGGAUAAACUCCAGAAUCCUGAGAAAGUGAAAGAGUGUUUACAACCAGACGACGAGGACAUCGAGAUUUCGGUGCCGAGCUCUCUGCGAAGAAUUCACUCCAUCAACAGACACAACCGAGCCGAGAGAACCAACUCCGACAUCAGCUUGAAUAAAAUCUACACACAGAGACCCGUCCACUCCAAGCUGCAGUCACCAAACACUACUUUACAGUGUUCGAAUGAGUACGAGUUUGUUGGGUCUCCAGACACACCCUUCAGACGCCCCACCAGGGACGAGAGCAGCGACUCUGACGACGACUACGACGACGUCGCCAUACCCAUCAGUCAGUUCACCAGUAACUACCAGACGAUGCCAGCUGAUGAGAUUCCACCACCACUUCCACCGAAGCCUAAGAUUUGUAGCAGUUCAGAUGAAAGCGUGAAUGCAGAGGAUGAUCGAAUGAGAACACACACUCUGUACACUCCGCCUCCUCUACUGCGAACCAGCAGUGGUACCCACACACACACUCGACCAGUGCCACGCCCACGCUCUGUCCGCAAUGUAAACUCGGACCCGUCCACCUUUUCGAAUUUUCGUCCGGAGGUGGAUCAGCCCCCGGAACUUCCACCCAAGUUAGAUAAGAGGAGACGACAGCCGGCAAAGUUGCCACCUGAAUGUGCCAGUCCAGCUCAGAGGAAACCACCGAUUUUCUUUAAAAAGGUUUUUCAUGGCUGCCCUUUAAAAAUUAACUGCUCUACAUCGUGGGAUCAUCCGACUACCAAAGAUCAUCAUCUGAUUUUGGGUGCAGAUGAGGGGAUCUUCACCUUAAACCUGAACAGUUCUGAGGCCACGCUCGAGCUGCUUUAUCCAGGGAAGUGCAUUUGGCUGUACACUAUCAGUAACGUCCUGAUGUCCAUCUCAGGAAAAUCCUCUCAGCUUCAUUCUCACUCUAUAAAGGAACUGUACGAGCAGGCAAGGAAAGAACACCGGAUGGUACCGCUGCCCACACACAGAUUAAUACCCAGGAAGUUCGCCAUCAGCACAAAGAUCCCAGAUACCAAGGGUUGCCGGGCAUGCUCAGUAGCUCACAACUCUCAGCGUGGGUGUGUGUUCCUGUGUGGAGCGCUGGAGUCCAGGGUGGUUCUGCUGCAGUGGUACGAGCCCAUGCACAAGUUUAUGCUCAUCAAGGACUUUGAUUAUCCGCUGCCGUGCCUCCUGCCCAUGUUUGAGAUGUUGGUGGUGCCGGAUCAGGAGUACCCGCUGGUGUGUAUUGGGAUCAGCAGGGGCCCGAACCCGGCACACCCGGUUCAUCUGGAGCACAUCAACCUAAACACCAACACGUCCUGGUUCACCAGCACCGGCCUCGAGAACCGGAGUUGUGAGAAGGUUCAGGUGAAUCAGUUGGACGGCGACACACUUCUCGUUCUCGUUGAGAACAUGGUGUACUUUGUAAAUUUGGACGGGGUGCUGAAGAGCUCCAGGAAGCUGCAGGCAGAGGUCAGCUUCAUUCUGGACGUAGAGUCAGUAGUGUAUUUUGAGGACACGUUAUUGGCUUUAUGGAAACACGGCUGGCAGAGGAGAGGAGAAUCGUUACCAGAGAUCCUACAGGAGAUCACCGAACCACAGAAAACCUUCCGACUGGUUGGAUCAGACAGGAUGGUGGUGUUAGAGAAGCGGCAGUGUGAGGACCAGUCAGGACUCUGUAAUCUCUACAUCCUGGAGAUUGCUGAGAACUUUGUACUUAUGCCCUGACACACACACACACACACACACACACACACACACACACACACAGGUAUGAAUAUCUCCAACGCCAACACACCCAUAGCUUAAAAAGUGGACGCUGGCAGCACAGUGCCGACCACUGGGUGUGAACCACAAACACACAACUCUACUGCUGUAUCAAGACUCCCUGGUAAAGACAUAUGAAGGCAUGUAUGUAUACAGUAUAUGCAAAUAAAAAACACACACCGACAGUG